UCAGUAAAGAUAGGGAAAGUUAAAAGUGGAAUAUCCACUCUCUCCACCCACUCACUUCUCCCACAGUUAUAACCUGGGACACUGCAUUGUAUGGAUUUAUUGGACAGAAGAACCUCCAGAGGCUGUGAGCUUACAGAUAACUCACUGGCAAAAUGCUUCUGUUGUUUCUGUCUCUGGUUUUGGGAACUCCACAAGGACAAGGUACAUUUCAAACUGCAAACUUAGGGGUUACAGUAACGUGUGACAAUAUAUCGGUUUUUAAUAUUCCUGUAUAAAUUCAAUAUAGGGCUUUGUACUGUGACGUUUGUGAAUAUUCAGUGUGUUCACAGCAAACGUAUCUUUAUUUUCUCAGCGAAACGUGUUGACAACUGGAGAGAGCAACAAGCUCCUGUAUGGUUAGCUCUGGUUGUUAUCAUCAGCGUCAUCGCUGUUCUGGGCGUUCUAUUGUUUCUAAAAACUUCUCGUUCUGGCAGAAGAUUGAUGGAACGACUCAACAGUUCUAUGACCCAGAGCAACAACAACACUGAUGAGAGCCCUGAAUGUUCAAGAGAGGCCGUUACCCUGGUGCCUGCAUAACAUUCAGCGUGAGCCAGUUGUCUUGUUGGUUAUUUCGAAAUGAACUCCACGUUGACCUCUGCUAUGUUGCUGUAUGUCAGAUGCAUUCUAUACCAAUAAAACACUACUCACUUUUGCACCUAAAUUAGUUUUGCACCAACAUUUGUGGAAUCAGUUAGUGAAAUCACUAAUAAUCGUCUUUCACAGAAAAAAAGGGUGCUAUCUAGAACCAUCCCCAUAGGAGAACCCUUUGAAUAACUCUGGUUCCAGGUAGAACCCUUUUCAUAACCCUUAAGCUUGUUUACAAAGGGAGUUGGUUUUGGUCUAUAUAUACAUUGAUGUUGUAAUAUUCUGUAAUAUUCUCACAAGCAUUGUUUUCAUAACUACUAAGCUAAACUUGUUUUUAGUUUUAGCCUAAACUCUGACGUAAUUUUCUGGGACUCAAAUUAAUAUAAAAUGUUAUUGAUUUGUGUACAAAUAAACGUUUGGAAAUAACCAGUCUUCAAAAUGUUAUUUCUCUCAUAUAGAGCUUGUUGUCUUGUGCCUAAUUAUUAUCUCCAACAAUAAUAUACAUUUCAGUUAUCACAGCACAUAGAGUACCCGUCAGCAGAAAAUAACCACAACACUUCCUGUGAACAAGUCAACAGAGGAAACUCUUCUCUAUCCAUUUAUUCAGUUGUUCACCAUUUUACCCUGCCAAAAGACAGUUCACCAGUCAGUUGUGAGUGUUUUGCGCGUGUGGAAGAGUGUGUGGAGCUCUCUGAUAAAUGCAGCUGGUACCUAGUCGGCAGGAUGGAUGUUCUGUUGUGGAGAUGUGUGCUGGGACUCCUCUGCAGCCCUGCAGUGCUCACCUGGACAGUUUCCCAGAGCCCCAGUGCCGUAGCUCUGAUGAAGGUCAACUCCUCGGCCGAGAUCCUCUGCUCCACAUCGCUACCGGACCCCACAGGCCUCUACCUCAGGGGUCGAUUCCACAACAACAGAGAUGUGCUGUACUUGUCGAUAGCUGACAGAGCAGUCGGUAGGACCACAAUCCACAAUGGGUUCAGAGGUCGGGUCACAGUGGUGUCAGACCAGGACCAGGAGGUCAAGCGGGGCUGUGAGUUCACACUGAGGCUGUCCCAGCUUGGGGUGGAGGACACAGACAGUUACUACUGCAGCUGGAGGUACUACGAUACCAAAGGGAAAGUGCUGGUACAGCGGCACAGUAAUGGCACCAUCAUCAUUGUCAGAGAGAGAGAUCCAGAGAAGGGCUGUGGCGGCGGUCAGACCAACAUUGAACUCAUCUUGAUUGUGCUGAGUUGGACGGCCUUCAUCGUCAUCUUCUUCCUCUUCAUUGGAGCUCUGAUGUGGCGAUGCACACGGACCAAAAAGCACUACACACCAGCCAGGGACAAUAGAAGACACCACCAUCACCACCACCAGCAUGUGUCCACAGCACAGGCCUACUGCUGACCCACAGUUCAUCUACUCGAGCAGCUCUCCAGGCCAUGUCAACUUUAAAGGGAUACUGUAACAUUGAAGGGAAUGGAAGAAGUGAUUCUGCAAUUGCGGUAAUGAUUUACCUUUAGAGUGUCUACGCAGUUAGGCCUACUGUCUGUUCUCACUAAUGGAAUGUUCGUUACUUACUGUUUUUGGCUAGAUUUCAGAUAUAUUUUCAGACGUCUGUCUGAGCAAUCCAUUGUUUGCGUUUAUUUGCCAAGUUGGUAGUUGUGCAUUUCUGUUCAUUGCAUCUGACAGAAACAUCAGUGCAAUUAAAUAGUGUGCAAUUAUGUGCAUUUUGUAGGCUACUGUUCUCAUGAGCUCUUUCUCACCAAAUGUCUGUUUUUCUCUUAUUUUGUGUCUCCACUUCCGAUUGUUAUGGGAAUUGUUUAUGUUAACAGAAAGACUCUUUCUAUGUGACUCACUGAUACUAACAGCAACGUACCAUACCACAUCCUGCAGUUUGAUGUCUGACAUGCUUUCAGAUCAUAUAUCGGCUGCCUAAUGUGUGAACGGGUCAAUUGUUUUGUUUUUUGCACAUCCUGUAGAUUUAAGUGUUUCGACAAUGUUGUGCUAAUCUGUUAGAUUAUCCUGCUCUUCAUCUAACAUGUCCUAAUGUGACCAAGCUGAAUAUACAUUCCACGCAAGUGAGAGAUAUAAAAUAGGCAUGUGUCAGUCAAGUCAACACAUACUCAUUUAAAGAGAUAUUGCUGCAUUACUUUGUAUUUAUGGAUUCCCUGGUCUCACUGACAGACAGCGGCGAGUCCCAGCUGUUUAGUUGAUUUAUAUAUAUAUUUUUGGGGGGUUGCGUGUUAUUUUGGCAUUAAUACGUGUCACAAAUCAGUUUGCAAACAAUGUGAAAAAAAUAAAGCUGCAUACA